GCGGCGGCGCCUGCGCGGUGCGGGGCGGCGGGGGAAGAUGGCGGCGCACGGAGCCCCGUCGGGCGGCGCGGCGUUGAAGCGGUUAAUCCAACAAUUCUCUGCCAUCACGGGUGCCAGUGAAAGCGUGGGAAGGCACAUGCUGGAAGCGUGCAACAACAACCUGGAGAUGGCCGUCACCAUGUUCCUGGACGGCGGUGGGAUCGCAGAGGAGCCCAGCACCAGCUCUGCAGGGGUGUCUGCUGUUCGACCGCACACCGAGGAUGAAGUACGACCUCCAAUUCCUCCAAAACAGGAAAUUCUAGUGGAGCCUGAGCCCUUGUUUGGAGCUCCCAAGAGACGCAGACCGGCGCGCUCAAUCUUUGAUGGCUUUCGGGAUUUCCAAACCGAAACCAUUCGACAGGAACAGGAGCUACGGAAUGGAGGGGCGGUGGAUAAGAAGCUGACUACUCUCGCAGACCUCUUCAGACCUCCCAUUGAUCUGAUGCACAAGGGCAGCUUCGAAACGGCCAAGGAGUGUGGUCAGAUGCAGAACAAAUGGCUCAUGAUUAACAUCCAGAACGUGCAAGAUUUCGCCUGUCAGUGUCUAAACCGGGAUGUCUGGAGCAAUGAGGCUGUCAAGAACAUCAUCCGGGAGCACUUCAUUUUUUGGCAGGUGUACCACGACAGUGAGGAGGGGCAGCGAUACAUACAGUUCUAUAAACUAGGAGACUUCCCCUACGUCUCCAUCCUGGAUCCCAGGACAGGCCAGAAACUCGUGGAGUGGCACCAACUAGACGUGACUUCUUUUGUGGACCAAGUGACUGGUUUCCUGAGUGAGCAUGGGCAGCUGGAUGGCCAUUCCACCAGCCCUCCUCAGAAACGGUCUCGCUCUGAGAGCCUCAUCGAUGCCAGUGAGGACAGCCAGCUGGAAGCUGCUAUCAAGGCCUCGUUGCAGGAGACACAUUUUGAUUCCUCGCAGCCCAAACAGGACAGUCGGUCAGAUGAGGAGUCAGAGUCAGAGCUUUUUUCUGGGAGCGAGGAGUUUAUUUCAGUUUGUGGGUCUGAGGAGGAAGAGGAAUCAGAACCUCCUGCCAAGAUAAGGAAGUCUCCACAUAAGGACUUUGGGCACAAAAAAGAGGAGAGCCGGAGGCCUCAGCCUGAGCCUCCUGCACGGACUGAGCCUGGGACAUCAAAUUGCAGAGCGCUGCCCUGCGUUAAUGCAGGGACAGCAGAGGAGUCGGCUGACAAGCCCGACAGCACGUUGCGGGGCCUAAAUGUGAACGGACCAAAGAAGGCGCGGCUGAUGCUAAGGUAUCCAGACGGAAAGAGGGAACAGAUCUCACUGCCUGAACAAGCUAAACUGCUGGCUCUCGUGAAACACGUCCAGUCUAAAGGAUACCCCAACGAACGCUACGAACUCCUGACCAACUUCCCCCGCAGGAAUCUCUCCCACCUGGACUAUGAGACCACGUUACAGGAGGCAGGCCUGUGUCCUCAAGAGACUGUCUUUGUGCAGGAAAGGAAUUAACACUGUGGCCUCCCAGCCUUCCUUUCCUUCCCUCUUGGCCUGGAACACUGACUUGUUAAAUAUGCAGUUGAGGGCUGCAGGACUGCAGUGCUGGAAUUAAGCAGGCAGCUGCUUGGCCCUUCUCUCUCUUCUUCCCUUCCCCUUCUCUAUUGACCAAAUGAAAGCGGUCAGAGUUUUACUUUAUUCCUCAGUUUGGGCCCUGCGGAGAGCAGAGAAGAACAUCUUUCCCUUAUUUUCAUGGAAUAAAGUAAAAUGAUGAUCAGUGCUGGCGCUCGGAGUGGCCGUGAUACACAUCCCCUUCUCGCUGCUGUUCUUAAAUCUGUUCUGUUUAAUUUAUUUUUGAAAGUAGUGUGUGAUAAGGCACUGAGUCAUCUCUCUAGGAGAGAGCGUAACCUCCAGCACAGGCUUUCCUUUGUGUUGAUCCUCUCUGGGAAGGGUCUCCAUUAACCCGGCAGCCUUCUCAAGGGUUCACGUCUCUGGCACUCUGCAAAACCUGCUGUUUGGGAAGGAGUGGGGUUGGGCUGUGGCGAGAUGCUCUGCCCCAGCUGAUUUAAAGGCUUCGAGGUUGCAUGUGUGUUC